CUGGAAGGAUUUUUUUUAUUUUGUUUCGACUACGGCAGACCAACACGGCUACCUACCUGUAACUUCGGUUAUUGUAGACUGAGAUCUUGACAGUGUGCUGGGAGGAGCACUGUUGCCUGUUGCCUCUGUGCUUGACCAUUGUCCAUUUUGGCUUAGUACGCAAGGCCAGUUAAUGCUUUGCACACACACACACACACACACACACAGAGAGAGAGAGAGAGAGAGAGAGAGCUUUGAAAGAGGCAAACAUGAAAGACCACUCCUAAACCAUUCUUCCCUGGACCAAGACUUUUUGAAAAGAAGCAUAAAGACAUGGCGUGUGUUUGUGUGGAAGAGAGGCUGUAGCUCAGUGGCAGAGAACAUGCUUAGCAUACAGAAAGGUCCAGGUUCUAUCCCUGGUGUACUUCUCCCUGGGACUGAAGCUGAGAGAGGCUGACCUCAGGCCAGUGAAUGAGUGCAGGGCAGCAGUGGCAUGUGGUCAUUUGACCAGGGGGACUGGGCGAGUUGUCUAAAUCUUCCCCUGGUGCCACCUUCCCAAAGCCCAGGAAGCUUCUGCAUGGCUUAGGGAGGGAGAUGCAACGCUCCGAUGGGUCUAAGAGCCUUCUUGCUACCUUCCCAAAGCCUGGAAAGCUUCUGCCCAGCUUGGAGUGGGAGGUUUGAUGCUUAUACAUCAGGACAUCACGUGCACGACGUCCCCGUCCCCCACAGCACUCCCAAGCUGACACCUCUGGCCCUAACUGUCCCCCUACGAAAAAUUUCACCACACACCUCUGCAUGGCAGAGAUCCCAGAAACACAGAAUUGCAGAGUUGGAAGGGACCGCGAGGAUCAUCUAGUCCAACCCCUUGCGAUGCAGGAAUCUUUUGCCCAAUGUGGGGCUCAAAUCCAUGACCCUGAGAUCAAUAGUCUCGUGCUCCGCUGACUGAGCUACCAGGUGGGCAAGUCAGAGACCUCCUCAUUCAUGCCUCAGCCAGGCCACUCCACCAGUUCUUGAGUGAGCCACAAUCUAUACAACGACCGCCUGCCUGGACACACGUAACUGGGAGAAACGACAAAUGCUACCGCCACCCUGAUUCACACGAUAAUUAUGGUAUAUCAUCAGAAUUGGUGAGACGUAGCAAAGAGUUCCAAACCAAGUUUCAAGUUGGCUCCCAUGAGCAAGUUGACUUUGAUUGUUAACUUAAUUGCUGCCAUGUUUCUGUCACUGUUUUGCUUGUGAUCAACCCUCCCUCCCCCUUUUCAGGACACCCGAGAGGGGAGGAAUUUGUUGCACAUCUUGCUUGCUGCCACUGGAUAUACCCGAUCUUGAGUUUCUUGGGACUGCGACACGGGAAAUUGCACUGCCCAGACAAUGUGGUUGAACGAAGGCUUACAAUGCGCCGUGGAAACAGGAUUCAAUUACUCUAACCAGUGCGAUAACACCCAGAAACAGCAGCAGAAGACCCUGCAGGACCUCUGUACUAUAACAAUUACAUCCUCUGACAGCAGCUGUAAGAACUCCCCCUUUUCAGCAGCCAUCUUGGGCAUUGCAUGGGUCUUCCUUACCAGUGGAGUCCUCCUCAGUUUCUUCUUUCUCAUCUUCACAAUUCACUUCAGAAAGAACAGGAUUGUGAAAAUGUCCAGUCCUAACCUGAACAUAGUGACCCUGCUGGGCAGUGGCUUGACCUACAGUAGCGCUUACCUCUUUGGAGUUGAAAGACACAAUUCAUUGACCAGGCCGUCCCUGGAGAUGCUGGUUCAGGUGAGAAUCAGCUUGUUGUGUAUUGGGGUCUCUCUGGCUUUUGGCCCCAUUCUGGGGAAAAGUUGGCGGUUGUAUAAAGUGUUCAGUCGGCAAGUUCCAGACAAGAGAGUGAUUAUCAAAGAUUUCCAGCUGCUGGUGAUGGUGUCUGUGUUAGUGCUGGCGGACAUUAUCCUGCUCUUGAUAUGGAUGUCUGUGGAUCCAGUCCAGUGUCUCCAAAGUCUCAAUGCAGAUCUGAAGGUGACAGAGAGAGGUUUGACUUGCGCAGUGAGCCAAGGGUACUUCUGCACAUCAACGUACUCUGAUCUUUGGCUUCUUCUCUUUCUGGGAUUUAAGGGCGUCCUCUUGAUCUAUGGGGCCUACCUUGCUGGCCUGACAGAUGAUCUCAGCUGUUCACCUGUCAAUCAGUCCCUGACCCUCAUCAUUGGAAUAGCCAUUAUUUUCCUCUCAACGGGUGUUAUGCUGGUGGUGAAUCGUUUUUUCCACUUGUGGCACAACUUGGUCUUUGGAUUUACCUCAGGAGGAAUCUUUGUCUGCACAUCUACAAUCAAUUGUUUAAUCUUUAUUCCACAGCAGGUCAGAAAAUGGAAGGCUUUUGAAAAACAGAAAGAUGACGUCAACAAUAUGGCCAAGUAUUUUACCAGCUCAAGCAAGAACUUCCACUCUACCAUGUACAGUGACGAGGAGAUCUACCAGCUGCUGGGGGAAAAGAAUUCCAUGAAGCAGCAGCUGGUAGAGAAAGACACAGCAAUUGCAACUCUUCAAGAGCAAGUGAAUAAUGCUAAGAAGAAGCUGAUGAGACUUGUGACUGCCGAGGAAAAAUACAAUCCGAUUGACUCUCCAUUUCCUCCUUCUUCCUACUCUGCAGCCAAUUGUUCUUAUGCAGCAGUUGGAAACCCAAUGAGUUCUCCUUUUUCACCUGGUCAGGGGCUAAACUCAAGGCAGCAUCCUAGGCUCUUACAUUCACAGUGCAAACCAGGAUUGCUUAGUAAAAAAGAUUCCACUGAUGAUCUGGAACGCACAAAUCAACACCAGCAGAAAAUACAGCCAGAAAUUGCUGUUGGGUACAGACCUCUGAAUGGAUGCAAGAAUGUCGCUGGUCAUUCAGGUGACCAAGAUCAAUGGUUCACCCAAUAUACCACCACACUUAGUAUGGGCCCCCCGCAGGACCCCCUCGGACAGAGUUGUUCCACACCGAGGGAGGAAGCAAAGCCGGCUCAGAGGCAGCUUCCAGGGAUCAGCUAUGUGAGCAGUGAAAAGCUUCAGGAAAUAUUGCAAGAGCUAAGUAUGAACCACGUUGCUGUUGCCCAGAUAUCUCCCAGGGGACCCGAGCAAAGUGUCGAUUGCAACAUGUGCACAUUAUGGGAGCCAGAGGAGGUCCUGGCAGGAGAGUCUAUAAAGCUUAGUCCUUGUAAGUCAAGACAGGGGAGGAAAACCCCCAGCUCCAUGGCUCCUGAUACUUGGCAUUUUGUGGACAAGGCAACCAGCAGAAGGCAAAGACGUUUCAGUGGAUUAAGAGAAUUCCAUCAGGCUGCAGCAGGAGACACUGAGGAGAGAUGUUCCCUGCACCAGCCACCCUCUUUGUCAUCACCGGUGGUUAAGAAAAUGCUGAACUACAAGGCUGAAAACUGGUCCAAGCCUUCCAGCAGCGAUAGGUGUGGCUGGCUGCUAGACAAGUGCCAAGGGAAGAGUGGCGUGUCCACUCUUUAUCUUAGCAGAUCCAGGAAUCUCCGUCAUCAUCAGAAUUUUCUGACUCACACCGUGCUUGGCCCUGUCCCUUCUCAGCGCUUUUAUCCUGAUUCUGAUUCUGGCAGCAGUUCCUCUGGGAGAGUGACCCAUUGCGACCCCAGGCAGCGCUGUGAAGUUUGCCACCACCGCCUGUCUUCCUCUAGUGAUAGCUGCAUCACUGAUACAGAUCCCGACCUCAGUGUGGCCCUGGACUGCUAUGCAAAGCUUUAUGGCAAGCGUCAACCAGUUGUGAACUUCAUUGAGGAUUUGGAGCCCACCUAUGUGUAGGGCUUGGCAAUUCAAGAGCCCCCCCCCCA